AUGGAUCACCUCACACCUCCCAACAAUGUGACUGGAUUUAUUCUCUUGGGACUCACGCAGACUCCACACUUGCAGAAAAUACUUUUUGUGGUCUUUUUGUUCAUUUUUCUAUUUACUGUGCUGGCCAAUCUGCUCAUUGUCAUUACCAUCUCCCUCAGCCCCACACUUUCAGCUCCCAUGUAUUUCUUUCUCACUUACUUGUCCUUUAUAGAUGCAUCCUACACUUCUGUGACCACCCCCAAAAUGAUCAUCGACCUGCUGUACCAGAGGAGAACCAUUUCCUUGGGCGGCUGCCUGACUCAGCUCUUUGUGGAACACUUUCUGGGAGGAUCAGAGAUCAUCCUCCUCAUUGUCAUGGCCUAUGAUCGCUAUGUAGCUAUCUGUAAGCCCCUGCACUACACGACCAUCAUGCGACCGGGGCUCUGCCACCUCCUGGUGGUAGUGGCGUGGAUAGGGGGGAUCCUGCAUGCCACCGUGCAGAUCCUUUUCAUGGUCAACUUGCCCUUCUGUGGUCCCAAUGUGAUUGACCAUUUCAUGUGUGAUCUCUUCCCUCUGCUGAAACUUGCCUGCAGUGACACCUACAUGCUGGGAAUGGUGGUGGCAGCCAACAGUGGGGCCAUGUGCUUGCUCAUUUUUUCCAUGCUACUCCUCUCCUACAUAGUCAUCCUGAGCUCCCUGAAAUCCCAUGGCUCCAAAGGUCAGCACAAAGCCCUCUCAACGUGUGGCUCCCCCUUUACUGUAGUUGUGCUCUUUUUUGUGCCUUGCAUAUUCACCUACAUGCGUCCUGUAGUCACCUACUCUGUGGACAAGUUGGUGACUGUGUUCUUUGCAAUCCUCACUCCCAUGUUGAAUCCUAUCAUUUACACAGUGAGAAACACAGAGGUGAAAAAUGCCAUGAGGAGUCUGUUGAAGAGGAGGAUAACUUAG